AUGGAAAAUGAAUUAUGUGAGAAUAAGUUUGAAUCUAAAUUACAGAUUGGAAGCAUUGGUUUUUCCAGUGAUAUAAAGGAAGAGAAACUGAAACCAUCCUAUCACUGUGAUAUCUGUGGUAAAUCGUUUUCUCAAAGUGGUGCUUUAAGCAAACACAAACGUGAGAGACCAUAUUGUUGUGAUAUCUGUGGUAAAUCAUUUCAUCAAAUUGAUGGUUUAAUUGUACACAAACGGAUUCAUACAGGAGAGAAUCCAUACCAUUGUGAUAUCUGUGGUAAAUCUUUCAGCGAUAAUGGUGAAUUAACUAAACACAUAUGUAUUCAUACUGGAGACAAACCGUAUUGCUGUGAUAUCUGUGGUAAAUCAUUCUCUCGAAAUGAACAUUUGACUGUACACAAACAAAGUAUAAUGUGGUUAGCUGUUGACUUGGCUGGUAUCAGCACAGCGAGAAGACUACAAACAGAUCAUCCCGCCAGUUUAGAGAACAAAUCACCAACUAUAAAUUAUGUCGUUUCGUAA